AGGCUGUCUAGGCGCCACCACGCUUUCCAGCAGCCCAAGUGCAUUUUCAUCACCAGGUUCGGACCUCCGGCCUCGCCUCAGCUCGAAAUGGACCCCAACUGCUCCUGCCCCAUAGGUGGCUCCUGCACCUGCGCUGGCUCCUGCAAAUGCAAAGAGUGCAAAUGUGCCUCCUGCAAGAGGAGCUGCUGCUCCUGCUGCCCCGUGGGCUGUGCCAGGUGUGCCCAGACCUGCAUCUGCAAAGGGGCAUCCGACAAGUGCAGCUGCUGCGCCUGACGUGGGGGAGAGCCUGCUCCUGACAGAAACAGAGCAACGCGUACACACGCAAAUACAAACACGUACUCCCCCAAGGUUUAAACGUUUUGUGAAACAAACCUGACCUUGUACAACAUUCUUGUUUCCAUAAAAAUCUGUGAAUCUCAUAAAAGUUGUUGACUGUA